AUGGGGGAGGAAGAGGCCUCGAUGGGCUCCUUGAAGGCGGGUGCUGCACUCUCCGAGCAAGACGCCCUCUGCAGGGAGAGCUUUGACGCCGCUUUGAAAAAAAACGCCCGUGGGCGUGCUGACUCUCUUUCUUCGAGUUUUUGUCUUCUCUCUUUGCUCAACACUGUUUUAGAUGCCGCUUCUUGUGAUGCCGCCGCUUACUUCGACUGGGGAUCUCUUCUUGCAACUCGCCACAUCUCCAGAGAUACACACGUGAGUGCUUCCGACACACCUCUCCAGGAGGCAUGCGCAGACAGGCCGAGCUGGCUAGCUAGCUGGGGUGUAAAUCCAGCUUGUCGAGACGAAGGCGCAACAUGCACUGCCUUCGUCUUGGCGUUUUCUCAGCCGGGUGUGUUAGGGGCGUGGGGUUGUAAUAUCGCUGCGGAUGCAAUCGUCAUGAGACGUCACCCCGAGACUAAGCGCCUUCAGGUAGCUCUAGUAAGGCGUGCAGAUGGAACGGACGCGUAUGCGCUGCCUGGUGGCUUUGUAGAGGAAGGAGAGCUGGAGAAUUUGUCUCAGUGUGCUGCGCGGGAGUUUCUGGAAGAGGCAGCGGCAUACUCCCUGAGUACCUCUUCGCCAGCAGCAGGAGCAGAAGACGCUGCGGAUGGCGAAGACGAGGCAGCAGAGUCGUUCACUUCCCCUCCCGCCAAGAAGCCGCCCCUCUGCGUAUAUGCCGGUCUUGUAGAUGACGAGAGGAAUACUGCGAACGCGUGGAUGGAGACGGCUGCCUUUCUAUGGGUUCUCGACGAAGCACAGAGCGAAAAUAUAUUUCUGCAGGCUGGCAGCGAUGCCGCUGAGGGAUCGGCUGCCUUCUACGAUCUGGAGGAGGACAGCGAACUCGCCAAACGCGGCGUGAAGCCUCUGGAAAACCUCUUCGGAUCUCAUUCGCACAUCGCAGCACCCAUGAAACGCGAAGGACCCCUACGCUCUUCAGGAUUUGAGCGGUUCGGCCCUUGCUUGUUUGGAGCUUCCUUUCCCUCCCCCGCGUUUGGAAAAAAAUAA